AUGGCAGACCCACCAGGGGUCCCAGAGUUUCCAUUGGGAGCUGACCAGCAGCAUGGAGGAUAUCCAGUUCAUCCUCCACACCCUCCACGACAAAUCGGAGCUGCUGACACUCCGACUUCUCAUGUCAACCGCCACGGAAUCACCCCACCACCAGUCCCCUUUAACUUUGAAAUCAAGACCAGCUUGAUCUCAUUGGUGGAGAGUUCAGUGUUUCAUGGCAUGAAGGAUGAGGAUCCAUUGAAGCAUCUUGACAAGUUUGACAGAAUUUGUUCUUUGCAGCAACUCAAUGGAGUUUCUGAAGAUGGUUUCAAGUUAAGGCUUUUCCCUUUCUCUCUAGAGGAUAAAGCUCUCACUUGGGAAGCAUCUCUGCCUGCUGGAUCAGUCACCACUUGGGCACAGUGCAAGCAAUCUUUCUUGGCUAAGUUCUUUCCAACCUCAAGAACAGCACAACUGCGCAAUGAUAUCUCCGGUUUCAUGCAAAUGCAUGGAGAAACUUUCUGUGAGGCAUAUGAGCGCUUCAAGGGCUACCAGAUGCAGUGUCCUCACCAUGGUUUCUCUAAAGAGAAUCUACUGAGUACCUUGUACAGAGGAACAUUACCCAAAUACAGAAUGCAUCUUGAUUCAGCAAGCAAUGGUUACUUCAUGGGUAAAGAUGUUGAUGCUGGAUUGAUUUUAGUUGAGAACGUUGCCACUAGUGAUGGAAGCUAUGGUGAAGAUUGUGACAGAGCUGAGAGAGGCAGUCUUGCUCAAGAAGAGAAUCACAAGAAGGAACUCAAGACUCUCAAUGAUAAGCUUGACAAGCUACUGUCAGGUCAGAAAAAGCAAGUGCACUUCAUUAAUGGUGAGGAGAUUCAAGAGAAAAAGCUCAACUAUGUGGACAGCCAAGAUGGAAACCAAUGGGUCUAUUACAAGCACGGUUUUUCUCCAUAA